UUUACUGACGACCCACCCCUGCACUUAUCAGUCCAGGCGUUUGACUCUGAAGGAAAUACUUUUAGCUGUCUGGCUGGCUUGAAAUUUAAUUGGCGGCUGGCAAAGGAGUCUGAUGCAAAACAGGCAGUGAGGUUUGUGCGUCACCAUGAUGCAGGGUACGCUCCCCCACCUCAUAUCCUGUCUCUAGAGGAUGCCGGUCAGCGGGGGGAGAGUGUCUUGCUGUGUGGGAUUCACAGUGGCUCAGCACUUAUAAAAGUGUCUCUUCUUCACCCUGAACAUAAGCAUGUAAAAGCAGCUAGUGUGACUUUGUUUGUGAUAGACAGACUACACCUGAGUCCAACGGGAGAUACAUACCUGCUACAGGGAUCCACCAUCAGAUACACUCUGUGGAAAACUUCUGAGCAAGAAGGAGAGACUGAGGUCACUCUGUCUGAGGAGGGAUACGGCCUGGUUGUGGACGGAUACAAGGGCAUGAUCUCUGUUGAGCGGGAAACAGCUACUGUCAGCGCCCUCAAGCUGGGUCAUGUGACACUAACGGUUACACACGACAAUCUGCCCCCUGAAAUAACGUCCCAACUCCCUCGCACUUCUGUAUAUGUGGUGAAGCCCAGCUAUAUGACGUUGAGUAUUGAGGAGGAAGAGGACAGAUGGGUGUUGGAGACAGGGCGGCAGUAUUAUUUGACUGUUCGUAUCCAUGGCAACAAGGGCCAUGUGGUUCACCUGUCACAGAAUGUGGUGAUUGUUGUGGAGGAGACUGAGGGGUUAGUGACACUCGAGUCUUUGUCUGAUCCCGCCUGCCAUCUCCUUCAGACCAUCAUGAAAGGAAAGACUUUAAUACAGGCCUCACUUUAUAGCAUCGUCUCUGAGGAUGGAGAGGACUGGCCUGUCAUCCCACCAAUCAGAGUGCAACAGGAAGUGGAAAUCUACAACCCUCUUACUCUGCAGCCCUCUGUGAUUGUGUUUCCAUGGCAACCCCACAAUAAGGUGUACCAGUACAAUAUUCAGGUGGAAGGAGGAAGUGGCUCUGUGAUGUGGGAAGUGUCUGAUAGAGAAAUUGCCACAGUUACAGUAAAAGGGGUGGUCAUAGCAGGAAAGAGGAGGGGCCAGGCUGAAAUUCAGGUUUCAGAUUCCAAAAACAUCCUGCACAAAGUAGUCGGGAAGGUGAUGGUUGUGAGGCCUGCCCGGUUGCAGCUGAUUCCCCAGAGGGGCGAUUGUCGUGUGGGGGACAGGAUAGACAUUCCCUUUGCUCUCUGGGGCAUUCAGGACCCACCAAACACUUGCUCUCAGACAAAUUAUGUCUUUGAUACACAUUCGUACACUCACAGGAGCAUCAGUGCAAAUUCUCAGGCAAACUUGUUCUCUGAUGCACACCAUCUUCAAUGCGAAGAGUCUCUACUGGAGGAUAGAAAUCUUGUGUUAGUCACAGACUGCUCUCAGCUCUCUCUACACGUCCAAGCUGAACCUGCCGGCAUCUUCACACGCAUGCCAGGAUCUCUGUCUCCAGGUGCUGGAUUCUGUGGAGGGGUCCGUAUGGAGGCUCUUUCAUGGGGUCACACUGUUGUUACCAUCACAGUGGAAACAGAGGGAUGCAACAUCAGUGAGACGACAACACUGGUGGCCUACAGCCCUCUCAAAUCUAUUGCGUCUGAGGUUCUUCUCUCAGUGGGCUCAUCUCGUGUGGUUAUAUUCGAGGAUGGGCCUCGGCCCUGGCCCCCGGCUCCCUUCCGUUUCUUUAGUGACGUCGAGGUGCAGCCAGAAGGGGGUGUUACCGUGGAGGCACUGAGUCCAACCGAAGCAAGGCCACCUCGACAUGCGUAUCAGGUCAUGUGCACCGCCGUGGGAGAACAGGUUUGA